AUAACGGGUUAUAAUUAAUAUAUGUGUACUAAUUUUUGUCUCAAAUAGUCUCCAAGAGUUGCAGAGCUUACCAGAGCAGAAAGGGAAGAUGUUUCUCAAUAGUCUGUACACAGAUGGCUAUACCUAUAGAUUAUCUUUCUGUCGCAAAAAAUAUCUUGGCUCAAUUACGGAUAAGGUUUCGCUUAAGUUGCAUGACUUUACAAACGAAGAGGUUAAUCGUCAUUUUCGCCCUUGCACUUUUGAUCCCCAACAGAAAGGAUGUAUUUACUUCAUACCAUGGUGCUAAUGACAUAAGGCGCUUAUCAUCAGCUGAAUAUUACGAUAUGAAUGGUAAUAUUAAACGCCAAAAACAAGAACAAGAGCGCAAGAGAAGAUUGAAUAUUGAGCAAAUUGAAACUAGUAUAUCUUCUCCAAAAACUGCAAGUCUGGAAUGCUACAGUGUAUACAUAUCAUACAUGUUACAGAAUUUUAAUACACUGUCAAGUUUUUAUGGUUUCCACACUGCGAGACUAAGAUGAAGUAAUUACUUUGGGUCUCAGCGAGCAAUAGAAAAUGCUGUCAAUAUUUUGAUCAAUAGAUCAAAAAAAUAUAAUAAAAAUAGAAGAAAGAACACAAGAAAGAAUAGACGGAAGAGAAAAAAGACUUUGGCUAGAUACCAGAGCAGCCAAUCCGAUUCCCGUCAUACCGAAAUUGGGAAGAAAAAUUAAGAAACUAUAAAGAGAAAUCUGAGGAAGAUGACCGCAAAAAAAUUGCCUAUGAUUGUAUUCGGCGAUGAUUUAAAA